UUUAAUCACUUACCCUCUGCCUGAUUUCAGGAUGAACACUUUACUCUCAUAUUAUCUCCCCACAUCCUCACUCAGAAGGAGGCUGUUAGCCCCACUAUAUGUAUGAGGAAACUGAGGCCUAGAAGAGUCAGAUUCUUGCAAUCAUCUGAAGCCUUCCCCAUUCACCCCAACUUUGCACCAUCUACUUUGACCCCAGUAUCCUUUUGCUGACACCAAAUCUCACCCCCUGUGUCUUAACUAAGAGCAUCUUGAGCGCAGAGAUUUCAGGAUCAUCUAGAGCCUUCCAUCCCUCUUUCAAAGCGCGCCUUGGAAGCAAACCAGCAUCCAAGGCAGCUUUUGGCAUUAAGAAGUGCAAAAAUGUCCUGUUAGCUGCAAUCUGUGAGCUGGUUCUAUGAGCUGGUGGAGCUCAGAGCCCCAGUCCCAGCACCCGCCCCCCUCCAGCUUGUUCAGAGGAGCUCAGCUCUGGGGGAGAGCUCAAAGCCGACACCUAUUGAGUUGCAGUUAAAAUGAGGGCGAAAAAGGCUUUUGUUUCAGUUCUGCAGAUGGUCUGGGAGUUUGUGUUUCUUAGCAAGAAUUUUCUAGAUCUUUUGGCUUGAACCAUCUGAAUAACUGCCUCAAGCUUUUGCAUGGUUCCCACUGGGUGGGUUGGGGUGGGAGGGGCUGUCGUGCAUGGUCCGGGAAAGCUGGAGAAGGCUGUUCCUUCACCCCGAGCCUUGGAUUUCUUAUCUGUGAAAUGGGAGGCUGCAAUGAUGAAUGGCAAAGUACCUUUUUUUUUCAGCUCUGAAAGUCUAGGAUAUUUUGCCACUGGAAGACCAGCAGACAAUGUCAUGACAACGCAAGAGGAUACAAUAGGGCUGCUUCAAAAGACAAGUCUUUGGACCAUGUCAAGACCUGGAGCGAAGAAGGUAAUGAACUCCUACUUUAUAGCAGGCUGUGGGCCAGCAGUUUGCUACUACGCUGUCUCUUGGUUAAGGCAAGGUUUCAGUAUCAACCUGACUUCUUUUGGAAGGAUCCCUUGGCCUCACGCUGGAGUGGGCACCUGCCCUAGCCCACAGAGCUGGGUUUCUCCCUUUCUUCAAUCACACAGGGAGCACCACUAUGCAAAGACCUCAUCACAUUCACAGCUGUCUCCGCAGAGCCUCGCACUGUGCUUGGCAUAUAGCAGGUGCUCAAUAAAUAUCUGCCAAAUGACUGAAUGCAUCUCGCCAGCCUCAGGAUGCCACCAGGCCCUGAGGGAGCCAGGAAGAUCAGAGGAAAGCUUUUGGAUUCCUGCCACACCUUACAUUAGCAACAUCUUCUCCGAGUCCUGACAGCCAGCCUCCUGGGACACCAUUCAAGCCAGCUGAAUUCCGGUCACUGCUUCACCUUGGAAAGGCAUCCGCAGCCCUCACCAAGCGGCCCCGUAAUUGACGUCACAGCGGGGCCAGGAGCUGCCCUGUUAAUAUUUAAUGUGGCCUUCACUGCGGCAAAAUGCAGCCUCUAAGAGCUGGAGGGGCCGUGCAGAGUCUCCAUGGGGUUGUGAGGAGGGCACAGAAGGGAAAGGGCUUUAUAAACCAUAAAGCGCCCAACAGAUGAGUAUUCUGCCGACCCAUUUCAGUCCCUGGCUUAACUCAGAAAGAGCCGGGGCUGCACAUGCCUGCAGUGGGACAAGAAGACUGCUGACCAAGCCCGAACACUAAAUCAAUGGGGGAUUAGGGGCUCCCGGGUACAUUCCAUUGAGACAGCGGGAGAGCAGAGCACUGGCGCCAGCCCAACCUGGACUCCACUCCAGGUUUGCCCCCUGCACAGCUGUGUGACUGGGUCAGCAAGUGCACUGCUGAGCCUCAGUCCCCCUUAUCUGUGAAAUGGGAAUGAUGCUUUCCUUGUAGCACUGCUGUGAAGAUUCAAUGAAACGAGUGAUGCCGAAGACCUAGCUUCACCCAUCACAGGCUGUCAACACAGGCUGAGACCCUUCUCCAAAACCAGGCCUGGGACCUGAGGUUGGAGAGAGGAGACACGGGGUCCCUUCAGGCAUUCACUGGGCAGAGUGAUGGUGGGAGGGAAGAAGGAGCAAGGAGGCACAGGAAGGAUGACCUGGGAGCCAAGCAUCUCAGGUUUGGACUUUUCACCCUGGUGGGCCCAUGCCAGGAGAGGUAUCAGAGAGAGGAUGGGCGGAGGGCCCCAGGAUGGCAGAAGCAGAAGGGCCCUCAUGGACAAUCUCUCUGAUCAUCUGACCCCUUUGUUUGGCAGAUGAGCAUCUGGGAGGGAGUAAACCAUGCCAGGGGCUCACAUGGCACAGCUGGGGUCUGACUGGCCUGCAGCCCUCUGGGGCUUCAUCAGCUGGGGUUUAUCCAAGGCCACAUGCCUAGUUGGGGAGGCAGAUGUGUUGGAAGACAUGAUGCAAUGGCCCCAUUCCUGGUGGUGACCUCCACUUCUUUGGCCAGGACAAUCGGAGGAACCUCAUCCCCCGCCCCUUCCUGGUCUCCCUCCAGUCUAUUUUCCCACAAAUCCUGGGAGCUUCCCAAAAUGUAAAUCUGACCUUGUCCUCACCCUGCUUAAAACCUUUCCAUGAUCCCACACUUAAGGUCUCCAGAGAAAAUACAGGAGGCUCAGUUAAAACUGAAUUUCAAGCUGGGUAUGGUGGCACACACCCGUAGUGCUACUCAACAGGCUGAGGCAGGAAGAUCGCUUGAGGCCAGGAGUUUGAGGCCAGCCUGGGCAACAUAGUGUGACCCUGUCUUAAAAAAAAAACAAAACUGAAUUUCAGAUAAACAAUGAAUAAUAUUUUAGUAUAGGAAUGUCCCAGAAAUUGCAUACACAUACUACAGAAAUUAUUUGUUGUUCAUAUGAAAUCCAAAUUUAACAGGACAACCUGUAUUUUAAUUUGCUAAAUCUGGUGUUCCUACAUACAUUGCCCUCAGGAAAAAGGACCCAGCCUUUUUUUUUCUUCCUUUCUCUUUGAGACGGAGUCUCAAAGCCUGUCGCCCAGGCUGGAGUGCAGUGACACCAUCUCAGCUCACUGCAAGCUCCGCCUCCCAGGUUUAAGCAUUUCUCCUGCCUCAGCCUCUUGAGUAGCUGAGACUACAGGCGUGCACCACCAUGCCCAACUAAUGUUUGUAUUUAUAGUGGAGAUAGAAUUUCACCAUGUUAGCCAGGCUGGUCUCGAACUCCUGGCCUCAAGUGAUCUGCUUGUCUUGGCCUCCCAAAGUGCUGGGAUUACAGGUGUGAGCCACCGCGCCUGGCCAGGAAAAAGGAUGAAGUCUUUAGUUAGCCCAUGAGACCAGUUUGGCCCUGAGCUCAUCCCUCCACUCUCUUCCACAUGGACCCUCUGCUUCAGACACAGCUCGUUGCCUUUACUUGAGAAACUCAAGCCCUCCCUCCCCUCUGUCCUUUGCAGAUGUCCUUUCAUUGGAACCCUCUUGGUAUCAUCUCCUCCUCCCAGUGCCCCACUGUGCUUGACCUGACUCAUCCUCAGGCCUCUGAAGCAUCAUCACUUCCUUUCAAGGCCUGUGUUGUGUCUCCUCUGGAUCCGCACAGUGCCUCUCUCUGUCUGUCCCGUUCACGUGGUGUAUGUAGGGGUUCAGCAAACAUUUGUUGCAGUGAAUUACUAAAUUCCACAGCCGCUUACACUUUUCCUAUCAACAGUUUCCCCUCCUUCAGCCAAAUCCUAUGUGCCCCUCAAAGCCCUGUUGGAACCCCAUCUCCUCCAGGCCUUCCCUGAGCCCCACAGUCCUCCCAGCUCUUUUCUUCUGAGAUGCAUCUGGUAUGUCUCAGUCACAUCCGGGGCAGCAAGCAAUCUUUUUAUCCCAUAAGCUUGGCAAGAUCAGCAACCCUCAGACUCCCCAGCUAUGACCUGUGGUGCUGAGCACUGUGCCUUCCUGCCAGACAGUGCUCAACAAACGCUGGUGAGCUUGGGGGAAGCCAAGCUGAGCUCCUGUGUUGGCCUCUCCUCCCUGCCACUGGCCAAUAACCAAAAUCCUAACCCAGCCUUGAAGCAAAGCAUCUUACAUCCUGUAUUCCUGUAAGGAGCCAGGGAGACAUCCUUAGUUCCCACUUUACAGGACAGGAAACUAAGGGAGUAGAGGAACCCAUUUGUAUUAGGGUUCUCUAGAGGGACAUAAUUAAUGGCAUAUAUAUAUAUGUGUAUAUGUGUAUAUAUAUGUAUAUAUAUGGGUGUAUGUAUAUAUAUGUGUGUAUAUAUAUAUAAAGGGGAGUUUAUUACAUAUUAACUCACAUGAUCACAAGGUCCCACGAUAGGCCGUCUGCAGGCUGAGGAGCAAGGAGAGCCAGUCCCAGUUUCAAAACUGAAGAACUUGGAGUCCGAUGUUCGAGGGCAGGAAGCAUCCAGCACACGAGAAAGAUGUAGGCUGGGAGGCUAGACCAGUCUCUCUUUUACAUUUUUUCUGCCUGUUUUAGCAGCACUGGCAGCUGAUUAGAUGGUGCCCACCCAGGUUAAAGGUGGGUCUGCCUUUCCCAGCCCACUGAGUCAAAUGUUAAUAUCCUUUAGCAACACUCUCACAGACACACCCAGGAUCAAUACUUUGUAUUCUUCAGUCCAAUCAAGUUGACACUCAGUAUCAACCAUCACACCAUUGUUCAAGGCUCAGGUCUCUGGAUGCCAUCCUAACCCAGGGUCUUUGCAGAUGCUCUUCCUCUGCCCGGAACACUCUUCCCAGAGAUCUUGACAUGGAUGAUGUCGCAGAUUAAAGAUGGCCACAUAGGCCAGGCAUGGUGGCUGACACCUGUAAUCCCAGCACUUUGGGAGGCCAAGGCAGGAAAACAGCCCCAGGCAUGAGUUCAAGACCAGUCUGGGCAGCAUAGUGAGACCCCCAUUGCUACAAAAAAUAAGAAAAAAAUAGCCAGGCAGGGUGGCACACUCCUGUAGUCCCAGCUACUCAAGAGGCUCAAGUGGGAGGAUUGCUUGAGAUGAGGAGUUUGAGGAUGCAGUGAACUAUGAUUGUGUUGCUACAGUCCUGCCUGGGCAACAGGGCAAGACGCUAUCUCUACAAAAACAGUUUUUUAAUUAACUAGGUGUUGUGGUGCAUGCCUACUCAGGAGGCCAAGGCAGGAGGAUUGUUUGAGCCUGGGAGCUUGAGGAUGCAGUGAGCCAUGAUCGUGCCAGUGUACUCCAGCGUGGGGAAUGGAGUGAGACCCUGUCUCAAAAAAUUAAAAAAAAAAAGAUUUCAUACUAAUCACAACUUUGGUACACCUCAAAAUCAUUUUUGUUACUCUCUGCAAUAUGGAUCGUGUCUCUUUUUAUAUAAAAUAUAAUAUCUAUACAUUUAUAAAUUUAUAAAAUACAAAGAUGGAGUUUCACCAUGUUGGCCAGGCUGUUCUUGAACUCCUGGCCUCAAAUGAUCUGCCCACCCUGGCCUCCCAAAGUUCUGGGAUUACAGGUGUGAGCCUCCACACCCGGCCGAUCAUGUCUCAUAAAUAAGGCCACAAAUACUUUGCUGCUCCCCUCACAUCAAGAAGUGGCAUCCCUUUCCCUGCCCUUUGGAUCUGGGCUGGGCUUGUGACUUGCUCUGACAACAGAAUGUGGCAGAAGUGACCCUUUAUGAGUUCAGGAGCUUAGGCCGCAAGAGAUCUUGCAAGCUUGUGCCUUCCCCCUCUUGGAAUGCUGCUCCUAGACCACCACAUAAGGCAGCUGGUCUACCAGCGGGAGGAUGGGAGGCCGCGUGAUAGGGAUCUGAGACACCCCGGCCAACAGCCAGCACCAACCACCAGAUGUGUGUGAGAGGCCUUCUUGGACCUUCCAGCUCAGCUGUGACUCCAGCUGAAUGCAGCUGCCAUGUGUGACCAGGAGAAACGGGCAGAGGAACCACUCAGGCCAACCAGACUCAUAAAAAAUAAUAAAUGGUUGUUGUAAGCCA